CCCAACUUCUCCUCUUCUUCUUCCACGUCACCCUCUGCCUCUUCUUCUUCUUCUUCUUCUCCCUCCUCUUCCUCCGGUUACUUGGGUCUUCCUCUCGAGCUGGCCACCUCGGCCAGUUCUGGGAUGGCGCCCUGGGCGAGUCUGUCACUGUCGAGUGCCGUUCAACUCAACAGCCUCGCAUCGGCAGCUGUGGCUGCUCACAACCUUCUCGCCAACUCCGGCCUCGGACAAUCGGCCUCGGCGACUGGCGACGCAUCCGACUUGACCGUCGCCUUCGCUACAGCCUCGUCAGGCUCGACCUCAAUUUGCCAAAGUGGCAUCGUGUCGGCAACACCGUUGCCAGGUCCAGUGGAGGCGUCAGACUCCGAGGCGUUGUCGACAGUUGCCACGGAGACGCCGGAGCCGGCGACCACUUUGUCGCCACACGACGCCACGUGGUGCAUGUCCGGUGGGCAACACGGAGCAACCAGGAACUAUGGCCCAAACGCUGGUGACCGGAUGACAGGUUGCUACAUUCCAUCGGAGGAUCGGGCGACUAAGCGACUGACCAGCCUGACGACUGUGGACGAAGCCGUCGGAGUCUCGGCGACGACAUCGAUGACGACCAGCAAGUCGCCGGCCUACUGUACGCCAAAUCCGGUACCAAACGUGCCGGAGAACAACCAAGUUCGCCUGAUUGAGUUCCGUGGCGAGAGACUGGCAGCCUUCAGUGUGGAGGGACGAGAGUUGGUGUGUCUACCUCAGGCGUUUGAGCUCUUCCUCAAACACCUGGUCGGCGGACUGCACACGGUGUACACAAAACUGAAGCGACUCGAGAUCAUACCGAUCGUGUGCAAUGUGGAACAGGCAAAUGCCACUGAGUUACAGUACUUUCAAGACAAGCCAGACCCUAUUCGAACAACAUUUUAUAAUGGGACUGGCGCAAUCCAGCCAGGAGUGAACCGAUGCAAAUUGAUUGCUCCACACGAGUUCGAUAUUCUUUAUGCCGACUGCACAAAUUCUAGGUAA